UUCGUGGAACAAAACAAACGAGCGGAUCACAAUAAAAUAUACACCAAAUGCGCUGGAAGCUUCAGCUUGUUUUAUUCGCUAUUAUUCAAGUAGUGAGGUCUCAGAAUGAGGAAGAUGCGGGCUCAGAUGCGGAAGUGGAAACGGAGGUGGAAUCGGAGGUGGAAUCGGGCCAGUUUUUUAGCCAUUUGUACAAAAGCAACUUGCAGCAGUUGGUAAAAAUGAAGAAUGACUCAAUGGAUCCGUGCGAUGACUUCUAUGCACAUGCUUGUGGAAACUUCGACCAAGCGAAGGAGGAGAAUCCAGAUGAUUUCCUUCCACCUUAUUUGUAUAACAAACAGGACAGAAUGAACUUCUUUGCGGCUGAGGUUGGAAAUUUUGAAACUAUACCAGGACGGCUGAUUUCUCAACUUUAUGGGGAAUGCCGCAAGAGGGGAGAACGGAAUGUUUUUACCCCCAGUCGUGUGGCAACCCAUUGGGAACGUAUGCUGGCGGAGAUUCCAUUCCUGGCCAGACAUAGAGAUGUGCUCUCUGCCUGGCCUUUCCUCAGCCAUCAAUGGGAGCGUAGGAGCCUUAAUGGGCAGCUGAAUUGGAUAGUUCUGUCAGCUCAACUUUUGGCCCAUGGCGUACCCACGCUACUUGACAUCUAUUUCGCCAUGGACACGAUUUAUGUGAGUCCCAUGGAUGAGCUGCCCUGUCCCAGUCUCGCGGACUUCCAAUCUAGCCUAUCUGAUGUCUGGGAAGGUCGACAUCAUCAAGUACCCCGCAUAAUAUCACACGAGAUGAGGGUCCUGUGUCGCGCAAUGAGAGGAGAACUGCCACUCGUAAGAAGCUUGAGCAGGCAUGCCAAAGCCACCAGCUCCAGACCAAGUGAGGACCAGCUGCUCCUGGAUGAAAACACCAUGGACUAUUUUCAGCAGUAUUUCGCCGCACUAAACUUCACCGAAGAGCGGCUGGUGGGAGCACGCAAGUUUCUGCUAGAUGUCGAGAAGAUCACUCAAGGCUGGGAAGUUCUCAGGCAAACGGAACCGCGCAUAGUGUACAACUAUGUGAUGUGGCAGGCCAGGGAGCAGCUUCGAUAUCCCGAUUGCUACAGGGUAUCUGAGGAGUUCGAGCGUUUACUGCACGCGGAAUAUUGGCAAUGGCAUGUUUUGAGACCCCAGCUGAGCAGGGAAGUCGCUCUAGCGUCCUAUCAACUUCAUACCACUCUCUUCCAGAAACUUAGGAGAUCCAAGUUGUCCAGGAGAGACUGGUUUGGACACCUGUGGCCAGCUUCGGUGGAGAAAAAGGAGCUUCAGGUGGCACGCAUUCUUCAAAAUCAUGCAGAAAACUAUCUGAAUAUUACAGAACUAAACGAACACUACGGAGGAUUGGGAUUCGUAAAGCACUCCUUCUAUGGAAAUCUCCUGAUCCUCAGAAGGGCCCAACUGCGUCAUAGUUUUGUUUCGCCGUAUGUGGACGAGGAGGAUGUAAAUCAGCCAGCCUAUUUCCUGAGACAUUUUCUCCAUUUUGUGCUGCUUUCCCUGCACCGCCCCACUUAUCACUAUUAUGCCACACAAGGCUUGCAACUUUGGAGGGAAUCCCGGCUUCUCUUGGACACCGAUGGCCACUUUGCCGCCAUGGACUGCCUAGAAAUGCAAUCACUGCAACACUACGAUGCAAAAUUAGCUCCUAUAUACAGACCACUUGGUUCGCACGAGAUCGGUGAGAUCUUCCAGUUCUAUCGCUCCUUUCAGUACUCCCUCAGGGAUUAUAACUUUUGGCUUCAGGGUGAAAGGUUCGCCUUUGCGGAGACCUUUGUGCUGCAAUACUUCGGAUUGGAUCCGCAAAGGGUACUCUUCUAUGCAGUGGCCCAGCAGCUAUGCAACCGCCGCACGGAGAUAUUCGCCGCCCAAUUGAAUAGGGGCUACAUGAAUCUUCCUGAGUUCCAGGAGGCCUUCAAGUGCGGAGCCGAGAAGGCCAUGAAUCCCCCAUCCAGAUGCAUGAUCAAUAUGUGUGAAAAGCCACUUACUUGAUGUCUCAAAUUUUAAGUUUCAAUUUGAAAUGUAGAAAUAUUAGAAAUAAAUAGAAAAUAAAAACUGAAAUUUACACGUUAGAAUAUACUUGCCAUCAACAUU